UCUAUAUAAAUACCACUUGCAUAGAUUUGCUAUCAAAACAUCAAUCGAAUUUCAGGUUUAGAAAAAUCAAAAUCUCUACAAUCUACAUUCAAGCAAUCAUCGUAGUACUGUUGCAAGAAGAAAACAUCAACAGCGAUGGCUUUCAGAGUAAUUGGUUUCAAUGAUCCAAUUUUCUCAGGUCUUCAAGACAUGCUUGGCGUAUCAGAUCAUGAAUCAGUGAACACUCCAUCGACAAAAUAUGUUAGAGAUGCAAAAGCUAUGGCGGCAACACCAGCUGAUAUCAAGGAGUACCCAGACUCCUAUGUGUUUGUACUUGACAUGCCAGGGUUGAAAUCAGAGGAAAUCAAAGUUCAAGUUGAAGAAAAUAAUGUUCUUGUUGUGAUCGGAAUCCGGCAAAGGGAAGACGAGAAGGAGAAAGAAGUGAAAUAUGUGAGGAUGGAAAGAAGAAUUGGGAAAUUUAUGAGGAAAUUUAUAUUACCUGAAAAUGCAAAUCUUGAUGCAAUUUCUGCUGUUUGUGUUGAUGGUGUUCUUACUAUCACUGUUAAGAAAUUGCCUCCACCUGAGCCUAAGAAGCCUAGGACUAUUCAGGUUCAAGUUGCCUGAGAAAAUGGAGCAAGUUUUUCGUAGAUGUAUGUUUGAACUUUGAAAUGACUCUUUCUUUGUGUGUUUUAGAACUUUUAAUGGUCUGGUCUACUUUUAAUUAUAAUUAAAAAUAAAUAAAAUAUUAAGUUUAUCUUCAUUGAAA